AUGGACUGCUCGGUACACUCGCUCUUCACUGUCACUUGUCUUCUGUCUGUUUUUCUGCAGUACGAUGCAGUGCAUGUGACUGUAAGUGAAUCCAGCAUGGAGGUAGUGCAUGGUGACUCAGUCACUUUGCCGUGCACUUUUUUCACUAUGAUGCCUCUGUUUCGCCUCAGCAUCAUCUGGACCCUGACGCCAACAACUGACCCCGAUCAACCCACACAGGUGAUCGUGUAUGACCAAGGGCAGGUAAUUGAAAGUCCAGCCUUCACCGGCAGAGUGGAAUUUGCUUCAAUACCCUGGAACGCUAAUAUCAUUCUGAACGAGACACGGAUCUCUGAUGCUGGCAUCUACCGAUGUGUGGUGAGCAAUCCACCAGAGACAGGAGACUCUGGUAUUGGAGAAUUCAGUCUAACAGUCUUGGCGCCGCCAUCACUGCCUGUGUGUAUAUGGGAGGGGGAUAUCCAUAAAGGUGGCACCGUGACCCUGUCCUGUCUUGUUAUGGAAGGCGUCCCUACUCCACAAAUAAGCUGGGAGAAGCUGGAGUCGGAUCACAUCUUUCUGCCCAUUAGCAUGGAAGGAAAACUAAAGGGCUCGGUAAAACUUGAGAAUGUGUCGGCACAGGACUCUGGGGUGUAUCACUGCUCUGUGACCAACUUUCUGGCUGGCAAGAACUGCUACGUAAACCUAUCAGUGUACAUCCCUGCAGAAAGUCCCCCGGGCCUCUUUCAGGGGCUACUGUUCACACUUACCAUGGCUCUGGUGAUGCUGAUUCUGUUGGCACUGAUGCUGUGGCUCCACCGCACGGCCCAGGAGAGCAAAUGGAGGAACGGAUGUGAGGAGGAGGAGGAGGAGUGCUACAACGAGAUCACAUACAUUCCAUCUCUCACCAAAUGUUCAUUUGUUUAA